AUUUCACAACCAGAGUGGUAAUAGUGUCAAGGCAGAAAGACCGUACCGCUACCCAGCGCCUCAACUCUCGUGUUUGUACCGGAUUCUGCUGUCGCCGACCUUUCAAUCUGUCUACCGAUCUGAAGGCUGUAAAUGCUGUCAUCACUUCUGCAUCCACCUACUCCUCUUGUGUAAUCUUGUGUGAUCUCAAGGCAUGGAUGUCACGGUGCGCCUUGGCAGGAUAAAAUAUUGUAAUCCGAAUUGAGUAGGCUACAGUCUGCGAGGAUUUAGCACUGGUUUACACAAUCAACUAACUUGACAUUCAAGUUAAAGUGUAGCCUAGUGCAAUUAAGCUGUGAAAAGUGGAAACCGACCUGACCGUAACUGCAACGGAUAUGUUUUGACUGGUGAGGGUCCGAUUUCGGAAUGAAGGCGGUUGUACAGACAGGGAGACGGCGGCCCUUCCAGCGGUUCUGCUGCUGUGGAGUUGGGCUUCUCGCGGUCAUUUGGCUCGCACAGGUCGCGCACGUGACAGAGCCGGAGUCGUCUGGGUCUCAGCCAGAAGAGGGGGGUGUUCCAGUUCGUUCCAGACGCAGGCUGAUGCAGGAGGAGUGGACAGAAGACAACCAGACACUGGACCUUCCUAGACCAGCCAUCCAUGAGUUUCCAGAAGACAUCUUCACCAAGGAGGAGCUGAAAGGAGGAGCAGUGCUGUUACAUGUGCUGUGUGCUAUCUACAUGUUCUAUGCUCUUGCUAUUGUCUGUGAUGACUACUUUGUCCCUUCCCUGGAGAAAAUAUCAGAGAACCUGCAGCUCAGUGAGGAUGUGGCAGGGGCAACCUUCAUGGCUGCAGGAAGCUCAGCACCAGAGCUCUUCACCUCUCUCAUUGGUGUGUUCAUCACUAAAGGAGACGUGGGGGUCGGCACCAUCGUGGGCUCAGCGGUCUUCAACAUCCUGGUCAUCAUUGGUGUUUGUGGCAUCUUUGCGGGCCAGACGGUGGUUCUGACGUGGUGGUCUCUGUUCAGGGACUCCACCUACUACAUCUUCUCUGUGCUGGCUCUCAUCCUGGUUAUAUACGAUGCAAAAGUUGUCUGGUGGGAGGCCGUGCUCCUAAUGACCAUGUAUGGAGUUUACAUCCUUAUCAUGAAGUUCAACUCCCAGAUCAGGGGAUGUGUGCAACGUCGGUUUGGGGGCCCGGGUCAGUGCUGCCUUAUCAGUGAGGGACUCAGAGACGAGGAGAUGGCAGAGGACGGACUCACCUGUAACACCAACAUGGUGCUGCUCAGGAAAGGACAACCCCAGGGUCAGGAGUCUCCUCCGGUGGUGAUGGUGGACGAGCUCCUGAUCCUCAACCCCCACCAGCUGUCCUUCUCCGAGGCCGGCCUGCGCAUAAUGAUCAGCCCCCACUUCUCCCCUCGCACCAGGCUCACCAUGGCAGGCCGUGUGCUCAUCAGUGAGAGACAGAGGCUGAUCAGGAGUCCCAACAGCCAGCUGGACGGGGAGGCCAGCUCAGCGGCAGGGGGCACCCCUCUGAAGGGGUUGAGCUCUGGAGGUCUGGAGAAUGGGGGCAGUGUGGAGAAGCAGACCCCUGACGGGGCCAGGGUAGGGGAUGCAGGGGGGGAGAAGCCAGGAGCGGAGGGCUGUCACGCUGAGGAAGAGGAGGAUGAUGAUGAUGGGCCAUUCAGGCCUCUGCAUUGGCCAGGGGGUUGCUGUGCGCGGGUCAAGUGGCUGAUCUCGUGGCCCCUGGGCCUGCUGCUGUACUGCACUGUGCCUAACUGUGUGUUCCCACGCUGGCACCGCUGGUUCAUGGUCACCUUCGUGGCCUCCACCCUGUGGAUAGCCAUCUUCUCUUAUCUCAUGGUGUGGAUGGUCACCAUCAUCAGUUACACACUAGACAUCCCAGACUACAUCAUGGGCAUCACCUUCCUGGCAGCGGGCACCAGUGUGCCAGACUGCAUGGCCAGCCUCAUUGUAGCUCGGCAAGGUAUGGGGGACAUGGCGGUGUCUAACUCCAUUGGCAGUAAUAUCUUUGACAUCCUGUUGGGGCUGGGUUUUCCCUGGGCUCUGCGCACUCUGGUGGUGGACAAUGGAUCAUUGGUUUACAUCAAUAACAAGGGCCUGGUGUAUUCUGUCGUCCUGCUGCUGGCCUCUGUCUUCCUCACAGUCAUGAGUGUUCAUCUGAACCACUGGAAGCUGGACCGCCGUCUGGGCCUGGGGCUGAUAUUACUCUAUGCCAUCUUCCUGCUCUGCUCCAUCUUCUUUGGGCAGAUGUGAGGCUGACGCUGGGUUCGAAGGUCAACCCUGAUUUGCCUUCCUGUCAGCUGCCACGUCCAGGAGUCCUCUGUCUCCCUGACAUACUCUGUCCUAAAGCCAAAAAAACCCAGCCUGAGCUACAUCGUGCUACAGUUAACAUGUGAUGUUCCACAAACAGGAUAUCCUUGGGUGACAUUGUACACAAAUACACACACACGUUUUACUAUCCUUGUGGGGACCUAAAAUUUUCCCUAACCCUAAGUCCACAAGGGAGAAUUUUCCUUGUGCGGAUUUCCGGAUAGUUAGUUAGUCAGUCUCUCUCUCACACACACACACACACACACACACACACACACACACACACACACACACACACACACACACACACACACACACACACACACACACACACACACACACACACACACACACACACACACACACACACACACACGUUGUGUUCUUCUAUCCUUGUGGGGACCUAAAAUACAUUUCCAUUCAAAACACUAUUUUCCCUAACUCCUAACCAUAAACUACCAGCCCCUUACCCUAAUUCCAACCUUAAUUGUAACCCUAAACAUAAAUCCUAAACUAGGGACAAUUUUCCUUGUUUCACUUGUGGUGACUCUUGGAGAUUUUAAGGUCCCCUCAAGGAUAGAAGAACCUACUCUCUCUCACACACACACACACACACACACACACACACACACACACACACACACACACACACACACACACACACACACACACACACACACACACACACACACACACACACACACAGCAGUCUUUUCUAUAGCACAAACCUUUUUCUUCCGAAGUUUGGUGUUUUAAUACGUAGCAACACCUAAUGUUCAGCAGUGACCAAUGGAAAAAUAAUACAGUAGACUAAUCCUCGUUUCUUGACCUUACGUUUGGAACGCCUGUGUUUUGUUUUCAACGUAUUCCCUAGCUGACAUGACCUUGUUGUGUGGUGAUACAGUGUGUACAUUUGUGUAAAUGUGUAGCAGUGCUGGAGUACAGUGGAGCAUAGAACUGUCAGUAAGGUACUACGAACGAAGCAAUAAGAAAAAUGGACGUUGUUAACGUGUCAUAGAUGUACAAUAGAAGAAGGAUUCCUAAGAGAUGCAGAUUAUGUGACUAGAAUUUGUAAAGUGACAGACUGAGUUCCUCCAUAGAGGAUUCAUUAAUCAUGUUUUGCCUCAUAACAUGUACUGUUACAAACUAAGUAAAUAAUAGGCUAACGUGAAAUGUAUGAUUUGAUCAUUUUUAGAAGUGUUAUUACUAUUGACGACAUGUUUCUAUGGGUGUCACAACCUUUGAUAUCAUGCGUACGGGUCUGUUGUAAUAGUUCACUACGUUUAUGGACGAUCAGUGUUUGUAUUACUGUACAAUGAUUAUUAGGUCUACAAGACCAUACUUUUUACUGUUUCUAAAUGUUUACUAAAUAUUUUACAUAGUUUUACAAAAAAUGUAUGUCAAACAGACUAGGUUUGUGGUGUUUUUGAUAUAAGCACUAAAUAAUAUAUUCUUCCCGUGAUAUUUGUGAGAAUAUCAUAUGCUGUAACUGAAAAAUGAAGUAUAUUUUUGUCACUUUGUAAAGUGAUAAUAAGACUGACACUUCAGAUCAGCACAGUCCACCUAUAUCUGAUGAAAGGAGAAUAAGGUUAUAUUGAAUUGUAUCACUUUCUAAGCCACUAUUCUAUAUAAGCCAGCUGAGAUCAUUGUCAGCACUGAAUCUCCUUGAUUUAGUAUCUUUAUUUAUUAUUCCCAAGAGAUUUCAUAUAUUUCUUUUGUCAAGUGCUUGUGAUUACAAUACUUAAUGGUUUGCUCUGCAAAAUAGUAUAUUCUCAAAAACGUACAGGUAUUUAUUUACAGCGUGAAUAUGAUUUCCUGAAAUCAUUUAGAUUUCAGAUCAGAUCAAAUGACUCAUACUUUUUGCCAAAUGAAAGAAUUGCAGAAUACAUUCUUUAUGUGAUCGAACUAUUGCACUGAACGAAAACAUAAAUGCAACAUGCAACCAUUUCAAAGAGUGUACUGAGUUACAGUUUAUAUAAGGGAAUAGAGAAUAAAUUCAUUAGGCCCUAAUCAAUGGAUUUCACAUGACUGGGCAGGGGCACAGCCAUGGGUGGGCCUGGGAGGGCAUAGGCCCAACCACUUGGGAGUCGGGCCCACCUACUGAGGAGCCAGGCCCAGCCAAUCAGUAUACGCUUUUCCCCACAAAAGAGCUUUAUUACAGACAGGAGUACUCCUCAGUUUCAUCAGUUGUCUGGGUGGCUG